UUGCAGCACUGUGACCUGUGGCCACGGUGAUGGUGGGACAGCCCCACAGAGGCCACACCAGGUGACUCUCAGCUCGGUGGGUGGGAGGGGGAGUGUCUCUGUGUCCCUCUAGCACACACAUCCUCACACGGCCUCACAUAGUCUUUUUUGCAUUUGCUAGGCCAUCUCAACACCUCGGCUCACAAAAUUCUGGCAUCCUUUGGAUUAUCUAAACCCAUGGUCCCCCAAGAUGGGGAUUCCAAGGAGCAGGGGGGAGCCUCAAGGCAGCCCAGACUCCCAGCUACAAACCUCUCUUUCCAGAAUUCCACUGCCACACCUUGGCAUACACCGAAUGUUGACAAAGAAGGCUGUUCCCGUACAAGGGCCAAUUUUAGAGCAAGCUCCCUGUGGCUGGAAAACUGUAAAACCCUCAACCCCAAAGCUGUGUAUAGUGCUUUGUGUGUGACAGGGCCGGGGCAGAUCUCUCUGAUGCACUCAGGAAAACCAUUCCCUUUGCUUGUGGUAGGUGGCCCCUGGUGGCUGCUCUGCCCUUGCCAAGUGUCUGAGGUCUGUGGGCAUGUUUCUCAUUUGCUGUGAAACACCUUCCCCACCCUUGCAGAGAAAGAGUCUUUUGUGCAGCCCCCUUUAAAGGGUGACUCGUCCCACUUGGGUUCUGUCUCCUGGUGCAGGGUUGCAGGCAAGUUGAUUAGAGCAUCGCCAUGAAGUUCAUCCCCUGCCUCCUGCUGGUGACCUUGUCCUGCCUGGGGACUUUGGGUCAGACCCCGAGGCAAAAGCAAGGAAGCACUGGGGAGGAAUUCCAUUUCCAGACUGGAGGGAGAGAUUCCUGCACUAUGCGCCCCAGCAGCUUGGGGCCAGAUGCUGGAGAAGUCUGGCUUCGCGUCGACUGCCACAACACAGAGCAGACAUACUGGUGUGAGUACAGGGGGCAGCCCAGUGUGUGCCAGGCUUUCGUUGCUGACCCCAAACCUUACUGGAACCAAGCCCUGCAGGAGCUGAGGCGCCUUCACCAUGCAUGCCAGGGGGCCCCGGUGCUGAGGCCAUCCGUGUGCAGGAAGGCUGGGCCCCAGGCCCACAUGCAGCAGGUGACUUCCAGCCUCAAGGGCAGCCCAGUGCCCAACCAGCAGCCUGAGGCUGGGACGCCAUCUCUGAGGCCCAAGGCCACAGUGAAACUCACAGAAGCAACACAGCUGGGAAAGGACUCGAUGGAAGAGCUGGGAAAAGCCAAACCCACCACCCUACCCACAGCCAAAGCUACCGAGCCUGGACCCAGGCCUGGAGGGAACGCGGAAGCAAAGAAGAAGGCCUGGGAACACUGUUGGAAACCCUUCCAGGCCCUGUGUGCCUUUCUCAUCAGCUUCUUCCAAGGGUGACAAGUGAAAGACGCCUACAGAGCUGACCUCUCCCUGACAGAGAACCAUCUCUUUUUGUAUUAUGCCGCUUUCAGUCCAACGUUCUCACACAGGAAGAAGGGAGUUUCUAACCGGAUGCAACUGGCCAAAUUCUUGAUCUGCAGCUUCUCUGAAGUUUGGAAAAGAAAGCUUCCUUUCUGGAGUUCACAGAGUUCAGCAAUAUGAUAGGGAACAGGUGCCGACGGGCCCAAGAGUGGCAAGCUUACACAUCUACUUUUUAUCUGUAGAAGUUUUGCUUUGUUGAUCUGAGCCUGCUAUGAAAGUUUAAAUCUGUAAGCAUUCAUGAAUUUCCAGUUUAGC